GAGGAACUGUGGAGCAGUCAGGAGGGAGAGCAGCUUCCAGGGCUGGAGGAGGCUGAUAUCACCAAGUUCCCAUUCAGUCCUGUCCCUGUGAAGAGUGAAGAUGAUGAAGAGGAAGCUCAGUCCUCACAGCUUAGUCAGAGACAAACUCAAGACAUAGACACAGAAGCUGAUGGAGGGGACUGUGGACCAGAACCAGCCAGGAACUUACGUCCACAUCUACAACCAGAGACUGAAGACCAGACUGGAGACUGGAGAGUUCCUAUCAGUGAUCUGAGGUGUAGUUCUGUUGAAAAAACAUUUAUCUGUCCUGAAUGUGGAAAAAGAUAUGUCCGUGAGCGACAUCUGAAGGAACACAUGAGAACUCAUACCGGAGAGAAGCCUUUUAGCUGCUCUCGGUGUGACAAAAGAUUUGGCCGUGAGCAACAUCUGAAGGAGCACGUUAAAAUUCAUACAGGGGAGAAGCCGUUUAGCUGCUCUGAGUGUGGGAAAGCAUUUGUCCGUGAGCAACAUCUGAAGAGACACCUGUUAACUCAUACAGAAGACAAACCAUUUAGUUGUUUAGUUUGUCCAAAAAAAUGUACAACCAGAGAAAAUCUGGCAUACCACAUGGUAGUCCACACUGGGGAGAAAAGAUUCAGCUGCCGUGAUUGUCACGAAAGAUUUAGCUGGCCCGAACAGGUCAAAAGACAUAAAUGUGUUGGUUGUCAGCCCCCACAGUUUCAUCAAAGUCAGACUGAGGAGAACGGAGAACCUCCCUCAGGUUUAAACUCUCCGACAAAUGAUGAAGUGCCCGGUAGUGAUUCGAGAUUUAGUGCAGGUGAGAAAUCCUUCCUCUGCUCUGAGUGUGGAAAAACGUUUUGGACCAAGACACAUCUGAAGGCACACAUUAGAACUCACACAGGAGAAAAACCCUUCAGCUGCUCUGAAUGUGGGAGAACAUUUACAACUAAUACACACAUGAAAAGACACAUGGGAACCCACACAGGAGAUAAACCAUUUAAUUGCUCAGUUUGUGAUAAAAGAUUUAUGCGCACUGGUGAUCUGAAGAAACACAUGAGAACUCACACAGGAGAAAAACCUUUCAGCUGCACAGUCUGUAAGAAAUCUUUUCCUUGGAAGCAUCAGUUACAGACCCACAUGAUCGUCCACACAGGAGACAAAAGACUGAGCUGCAGUGUUUGUGACAAAAGAUUUUCCCGUCGUUCACAGAUCAAAACACAUAAAUGUGUUGCCCGUCACUCGUCACAGCUUCAUCAGAGUCAAACUGAGGAGAACAGAGAGGCGAAGCCUCCAGCCAGCAGAAAUAUUCAACACAUGGAAACAGAAGCUGAUGGAGAGGACUGUGGAGGACCAGAACCAGCCAGGAACUCGCAUCCACUUUUACAACCAGAGACUGGAGACCAGAAUGGAGACUCUUCUGAUCCUGAGACUGAUGACAGUGCUGAUUGGAAGGAGACCAGAGAACCUCAGUCAGCUUUAAACUCUCUGAAUAAUCAGGAAGUGUGUAUCCGUGAUGAGAGAUGUAGUGUUGGUGAGAAAUCUUUUAGCUGUUCUGAGUGUCAGAAAAUAUUUGGGACAAGUAGAGAUCUGAAGAAACACAUGAGAACGCACACGGGACAGAAACCUUUCAUCUGCUCAGUUUGUAAAAAAUCUUUUACAUUGAGUGGAAAUGUACAGAAACACAUGAGAGUCCACACAGGAGAAAAGCCUUUCAGUUGCUCAGUUUGUAAGCAAUCUUUUGCACUGAGUGGGAAUUUACAGAAACACAUGAGAAUCCACACGGGGGAGAAGCCUUUCAGUUGCAGUUUUUGUGACAAGAGAUUUGCAUGGCGUCUACAGGUCAAAAAACACAAAUGUGUUGGCUGUCGGUCCUCACAGCUUCAUCAGAGUGAAACUGAGGAGAAGAGAGGGGCGGAGCCACCAGCCAGCAGAGACACUCAACACAUGGAAACAGAAGCUGAUAGAGAGGACUGUGGAGGACCAGAACCAGCCAGGAACUCACAUCUACAUCUACAUCCAGAGACUGAAGACCAGACUGGAGACUUCUCUGUAGCUCAGAUUGAAGGUAGUUCUAAUGAUUUGGAGGAGACAAGAGAACCUCAGUCAGGUUUAAAGUUUUGGAAAAAUGAGGAAGUCCCUGCCAGUGAUUCAACAUGUAGCGCUGAUGAAAAACCUUUCAGCUGCUCUGAGUGUGGGAAAAGAUUCGGGGCCAAAACAACUCUGAAGAGACACAUCAGAUCUCACACAGGAGAAAAACCUUUCAACUGCUCUGAGUGUAAGAAAUCUUUUGCAGAUAGUGGAAACUUACGGUUGCACAUGAAGAUACACACAGGCGAGAAACCUUUCAGUUGCACAAUUUGUGUUAAAAGAUUUUUGCACAAGUCUCAACUACAGAUACACACGAUCACUCACACGGGAGAAAAACCCUUCAGCUGCUCCGUAUGCAGUAAAACUUUCACACAGAAGGUACACCUGACACAGCACAUGGCCCUUCACACAGGAGAGAAACAGUUCAGCUGCAGUGUUUGUGGGAAGCAUUUCAUACGUAAGGGGAACCUGAUGCACCACAUGAGAGUACACACAGGAGAGAAACCUUUCAGCUGCCGUGUCUGUCACCGAAGGUUUGCCUGGCAUUCACUAGUUAAAACACAUAAAUGUCGUCCUUCCACACAGCUCCAACAAACUAACGCAAAACCGAUGAAAACGGAAGCUGAACACCAGACCGGAUACUGUUCUGAACCGGAGACUGAUGACAGUGCUGAUUGA